AUGGGUGACUUUAAAAAAAAGGAAAAGCGUGAGCUCCAGAAUGCCAUCACUCCGGAAAAGUGGCACAAAAGAGCAGCCGUUUUGUCCGUGAUAGUGUUGAAGGAGAAGGGUAUGGAUGGCAGGGAAGUUAUUCGUCGAAUGGUUGCCCCGACACGUCUCAAUCCAACUGGUGUGAACUUGAUUCACCUUCAUGAAGCCAAUAAUAUCUAA